UUUAUGCCGUUUCUUCACGUUGGCUCGCACAGCCAGUCAAGCUGGCUCGGGCACGAACGACACAUCUGGAGCACACGAGGAUUUCGAUUUCAGUCAUUAUUUCUACCGAUCUAAUAUAGUUUAAAAGACGCCGUAGAAAUGGAGGCGAUACACAUCAAGGGUAUUUGGAUGGCUGAAUAUCUGCAGCAGCAGACAAAUAACCUAGAGCGGUUCUGGCUCACCGUCACUCACUUUGGAGAUCCUCAAGUAGGAUUUCUGUUCGUAUUCCCUUUAACUUAUUUUGUGUGUAAUCAAUUGGGAGUUGCGGUGCUGUGGGUCUCAGCCCUGUCGGAGUGGUUAAACCUUAUGCUGAAAUGGGUGCUGUUUGGAGAAAGGCCAUUCUGGUGGAUUGGUGAAUGUCAGCUAUUUGUCAGCACAAAGCCCCACGUCUCUCAGUUUCCAUACACCUGUGAAACUGGCCCAGGCAGUCCGUCAGGACACUCGAUGGUGACCGCUGCAGUCUGGUGGGUUGUGGUGCCCCCUCUCAGCUCCUUUCUGCACUCCCGCACUCACUGCUGGGUUAUAUCAGCUGCUCCCUAUCUGAUGUACGGGCUACUGCUGGGUGCAGUUGGAAUAUCCAGGAUCUUUAUCCUUGCUCAUUUUCCUCACCAGGUUGUUACUGGCAUCAUUGCAGGUAUCUUUCUGGGGAUUUUUCUUGGCCGUAGAGUACCAGAAGGGCGCCCCCUGUUGUUCUUUGUCAGCUUCAGUGCAGGAAUGCUGUUCAGUGCUCUGAUUCUGAAUGUUGGCCUGCAGCUGGUUGGCAUUGACCUCCUCUGGACUGUUGCUUUGGCGAAGAAAUGGUGCAGCUGUGCUGAGUGGAUCCGCUUGGAUACAGUCCCAUUCUCCUCCCUGGCCCGGGACUGCGGGACCCUUCUUGGUCUGGGGCUGGCCCAGAACUGGAAGCAAAGCGGACGGUGUCUGUCGUUAAAUCACCGCGCUCUGUCCCUGGCUGUUUCAUCCAUUGGGCUUUACCUCAUGUACAGCCUGUCGCUCCCUGACAAAUCACAGGGCCUCUUUUACUGCUUGGUCUUUGUCAAGUUCACCCUGGUGCCUCUGAUUGUCAUGGUGGUCAGUCCUGGGCUGGUUCACUUUUUCUCAGGCAAAAUGAAAAAGGAUUAGAGAGGCACUUCUUCACAC